AAAAAUGUUAAGAUUGAUUGUUUAUCUUCUGUUUCAAAUUAUCAAUGCCGUAUAAAAAGGAAAAUCUCACUAAUCUUCUUCUUAAGAAGACUACAAUCUUCUUAACGCUAUCAUACCUCAGAACAUAAACCUGGAAGCGAUCAAAUGUCGAAAGCGAUGCUCGCAAACAAAGAAGUAAUGAACUUGAUUUUAACAUCAAUCAUUGGCAAGCACGCCAAGGGUCAGUAUAUGCCACGCACUUGUGAGUGGAUCGAUGGUAAACGUGCUGAUAUGAUUUAUGGUCCAAUGACUCCUCCAUCAAAUUUGCUACCACCAGUUAUUGUAGAGGUCCAAAACGUUGUCGAUGAGUUGUAUAUGCACCGCCUUCAGAAAUACUGUAACCAUAUUUAUGAAACUUUUGAUAAUAUUAAACCAGUUGCACUGACCAUUUGCGUGAAAUCGAUAAGAUGGGCGCAAAAAAUGUUAAGAUUUAUUGUUAAUCUUAACAUAUUUUUUUUUUUUUUUAUCUUAACAUAUUUUUUUUUUUUAUCUUAACAUA